AUGACCCUCUACAAGCAUAACGACCAUCCAAAUUCCUUCGUCUCCCUCUUGCGCAGACUAUACAACCCUAUCGGCUUCAAGAAAGGCUACAACUUCACCCUCUUCUUCAUCCUCGCCGGCGCACUCUUCGGCUUCUCCCUGGCCUCCUCUCCCAAGAUGAACGUCAACGGCUACCUCCUCUCCCACACAGCCCCUGGUGAAGCAUAUUGGUACCGCAAGCCCUUCCACAAGACCGCCAUCAGCCUCCACCUCACCGGCGCGAUCCCAGCAUCCCUCUUAGUCGUAUGGCAGUUCGUCCCGGUCAUCAGGUACAAGGCCCUAAUCUUCCAUCGCAUCAACGGCUACGCAGUCUUGCUAUUUCUGCUAGUUGGUAACAUCGGAGCUUUGAUUUCCGCACGCCACGCUUUUGGCGGUAGUCUUGCGGUCCAGACCGCUGUGGGAGUAGGAGUAAUCGCCACGACGACGAGUUCCGUGCUGGCGUACGUCAACAUGAAGAAGUUGCAAAUCGAGCAACAUCGCGCCUGGAUGCUGAGGACAUGGAUUUGGGCCGGCAGCAUCAUCACUGUCCGCUUGAUCCAGGUCAUGAGUGUACAGAUCAUCAGCAAAACCGGCAGCUACCGAACCGUCAUGCCAUGCGCGCAGAUCGAUGGCGCGGGCGGAGAUGUGGCAAAGUACGCGGGCUGUCAGGUUGACCCAGAGGGUUAUGCGGUCGUCAAUGCUACCUGGGCGGGUGCUGGUGGUAUCGAGGCAGUGGCCGGUGCCUUCCAUGUUACAUUUGUGAUGGCGUUGUGGUUGGCGUUCUUCAUCCAUGCAGUAGGUGUGGAGCUGUACCUUCGCCUGACCACGGCAGAGGCAGAGCGAUUGAGGAAAGUGUCGUAUGAGCGACAACUGGAGCGCGGCAUGAUCCAGCCUGGAAGUGCAGGAUUGACGUCUGAUCGUCUGGGAGACUGUGGGCCGUGGCGUAUGCCUGUAGACAAAGUGCAAGAUGCUGCAGUCGGCGAUCGGAAGGUCCAUGGGCCAGUUGUGGACAGCGAAAGUGCCAGCGAUAUCAGCAAACCCGCUGCAGUCCUGGGCUGGGGCAAGUGA